AUGAUCUUCUCUCCCAAUGCCGCGGUAUCUGAAGGAAGGUCUAGUGACGAAAAGCUUCCUGAGGUAAUUGAUCUAAAGUUUACGAGGUGUCGGCUUCAAAUACCUCCACUGAAUGUUGAGGGGCGCUCGCAGUGGCGGCCUUCACGCCGCGAUAGGAAACGGACGAUGGAUAAGCAGCAAUACAAGGAACUCUUAAAAUCAAAGUAUAAGAAUUCCAACGCUUCUUCAGGCUCUGAUUUUCACUUCAUAUCUGGUCUGAAAUAUGUAUUCCAGAGUUUUAUUCGUCAGUAUCCUGUGGGCGCGCUGGUGGUGUGGGUAAUAUUGUUUUUAGUGGAGCUAAGUCUGGUUGGUUUAUCGAUCGCGCAGCCCAAUUUUAAAAGCACAUCGUUCAUGCAUUACGACCGCUAUGAGAAAAGCAAAUUUUUUUAUGCCCGCUUCAUUCUUUCGAUUAUUUCGCUUCUACAGCUUUUGUUCGCCUACUCGUUGAGCAUUUCGACGAUAUUUGUUGUGAUCAGCACUUCCAUCUAUCAGAUCUUGGUUGGUUUGGUCGCCUUGUGUACCUCUUGGACGUCGGCUAGUCGGAUGUAUGUGCCUCUCUUUUUGCGCUGCUGGCCUAUGAGGCAGUACCUUCUGUUUAUUUUAGAUUCUAUAUCCUCCAUGACAACUCGUAAUCGAAAGCUAGACCUCGUUCAGAUUGCGGCAGACUCUUUAACGCUUUUUAUCUGUAUGGUCUUCACCGCCUCGUCGGUGUUUCGCUGCGUAGAGUCCUUCAACGGCUAUUAUGUGAGCUUUGCCGAUGCUGUAUACUUCACGGUCGUGACCGUCACAACGGUUGGGUUUGGUGAUGUUCACCCACAAACAGCGCUUGGAAAAGGGGUUGUUAUUGUUAUUAUAAUCCUCUUCCUAUCGAAGAUGCCAACCUUCAUCCACGUGAUUCGCUCAACCAUUAAACUUCUGCGCUUAUAUCGUACUUAUAAGGGUAGAUUAAAUCAUUUUAUUGUCUAUGGUCUGGUAACCCGUGAGGAGGCAAUCUCUAUUUUGGACGAGGUCUUUUGCUUGUAUCCCAUGAAGGCGGUGUGCUUUUGCAAUCGAGAGUUUUCUGAAGACGUUCUAUCGAUUGGUAGGCAUCCGUCGUAUCGCAUGCGCACUACUUUUUUAAUUAUCGACACGCUCGACAUCUUCGCGUUUCGUCGGAUGAAAGCAAAUAAGGCGUGUGCGGUGUUUAUUCUUCCCGUUAAAGCGGGCUACUCGUCCCGUGUAGACGAUGAUGUGAUGUUGACUUCAUUAACGUUUGAGCAGUCCGCGCCGAACCUGCCGCAGUAUCACUGGUUUUGCUACGGUUUGCACGCUAAACUCCUAUGUGGAAAGCACAUAAGUAUAAUUAAUGAAUAUAUGCAAAAGAACAUCAUGGCGACCGCCAUGCUUCUGCCUGGUAUCGUUCCUUUUUUAGUGAAUUUGGUGCGGAACGCCGGGGCGGAAGGUAAAGAGCCUCCGGAGCUGUGGACUGGAAACGGCGUGACGGAUUGGAAAAGCCAGUACGAGUAUAGCCGUCGUAACGUCAUCAGCACAUUUCCGGUACCCUCCUGCUUCAUUGGUUGGAAACUGGAAAAUAUUGUUCGCAUCUUCAAGCGCCAUGAUGUUCUCAUUGUGGGCGUCGUGGAGAGUGACCGAGAGGUGAUGCACUUGAAUUUGGACUAUCGAAUGACCAAUAAUGACGCCUUAGCCGCUAUCUACGAGUCCCUACGCAAUAGUAUGGCGGUUGCUUUGGAGUUAUUCAAUCGCUUUGAUAGCACUGAAAAGAUGCCCGAACAUAACGAGAACGAGCCCCUUCACGGUAGCGUGGAUGAUGGGGAAGUAAGACUAAACGUAAACGAAUCUUUUCGCGUCGACACAUGCAACGCGAGCUUUUCAACUCCGUGGGGCUACCCUAAUGAACGACAUCGGGAAAAAGUGCGCAAGGGCGACCUCGGGAGUGGAUCUCCACGCGUAUCUAAAGAAGACCUCAAGCUUCGACUUGAAAAGCUCGAGUGUGUGCCCAAAAUGAUGUGCGGUAUACCUCUCAGCUCUCUCCAACUUGGCCCCCAGGAUGCGCGUCACCUUGAUAUUCUCAUGAAGCGCUACGAAGAUGCGUUAUCCAGAUCGUACGGAAAUGAGGAAGAACGCACGGGUAUCUUGAACGACGCCGAAAGACAACUAAACGCGUACCUCAAAGAUCUCGCACACGAGCACGCGUCUGCCAUUGCGGACUUCACCGUGGAUACUCAGCAGGAGGUGGUCUUUCUUUUUAUUGAUCAAGCGUCAUCCAUUCAGCGUAAGACGAGCAUCUCCGUCUAUGAAGACAUCAUUUCACAGACAAUCGCACAGUAUGGACUUUAUGUAAUGAUGCAGUGCAUUCGCUCCGUGCAUCCAUACUCCAAGUUGAGGCUGCUGACACUGCGUAAGUACCCGCCAGAAUAUUUAAAAAUGUGGGAAAGUAUUUUCAAUGCCCCGUUGUGUUGUAUACAAGGGCAGGGUAUUCUUAAUCAUCAUCUUUAUUUCUCUCUUCUUGGGGGCAGCAACAAACCCCAGAGGAUUCAUGGCAUUCUGCUCUACUGCUCUCAGAUGGGUCCACGCGACUUUGGGGAUAUUCCUCUGUCAUCGGUUAUGAACGAUGUUCUUGGCUUUCUGGAGAUGAACGCGCAGAGGUCGGGGGGUCGAGAGGAGAUUCCUGAGCAGAACAUCAUGAUCGAGCUGCAGUCUUUUCUGUCUUCCAUCAAAAUUGCUCCAUUUCACGUCGAUUACGAGUGGCGCCGGCGCGGUGAGCGUAAUUUUCAGGACUCCCUUGCGUUCAUGCUAGGGCGCUGCUUUUCCUCGAAUAUGCUGCAUACGCUGUUGAUACACAGUUAUCGAGAGCAUAGAAUCAACACCUUUUUUAACAUGGUGCUGAACCUCACUUUGACGGUCGAUAUAUUCAACCCAAGCAUGUGGAUUAGCCAGGAGCCGCUAACGCAAACUCUCUUUAGGCUGUGUGGCAACAGAAGCCUUCAGUGUGAAACCUUUGGAGCCGCGUUUGAGUUUCUGUUAACAAACCGCCGCUGUAUCGCGAUCGGAGUGUUUCGACUCUUCCCUUCUGAUGAAUACUUGAAAAUCAACGCACGCUACUUUGUGACGAACCCUCCUCUUUCCAUGCCUCUCUUCAUUCAUGAUAUUAUAUAUUGCUUGGACUGUAAAACUGGGGUUGUUGCGUCUUGCUAA